AUGUCUAUGGACACGUCGGAUGUUAAUAAGACAAAACCAGAAAUAGGCCUGCUUGGGAUUCCUGUGGGAUGCGGCCAGGAUCAACACGGUGUCGAAGAUGGUCCAACAUUUCUUCGAGCAGCAGGACUCGUGUCACGCUUAGAAGAGCUGGGUCACCCGGUUCGAGACUAUCACGACGUCAAAGUUGAAGGCAAUUCCAACGUGACUUCAACAAAAGCGAUGAAAAGUGAUUGUGUUGGAAAGACCAGCAACAACGUCAAAAAUGCCGUCGCCAAGGUCCUAAGCUCAGACUUGCUAAGUGUAAAUAUUGGCGGUGACCACACUAUGUCUAUUGGAACCGUUAUUGCUCACGCGAUGGCCGUGGAUUCCAACAUCUCUCUCCUUUGGGUUGACGCCCACAGCGACAUUAAUACACCUCGGUCCACUCCAAGUGGGCACAUACAUGGAAUGCCUGUAGCAUUUCUCCUUCACGAAAUGGAGCCGUUCUUGAGGAAGCCCGAAGGUAUGGAAUGGAUUCAACCUUGUGUUCGAAAAGACAAUUUUGCCUACAUUGCCCUGAGGAAAAUCGACCCUUACGAAAGAUAUUUCAUGGAUAAGCUGGGAAUAACACUCUACAGUAUGGAAGACGUCGACCGGAUUGGCAUCACCGAAGUUAUUCGACUGGUGCUAAGGCAAAUAAACCCCGGGGGUACCAGAUCCCUCCACGUCAGUUUCGACAUAGACUCGAUCGAUAAGCUUCUUGUUCCAAGCACCGGAACUUCCGAAAUUGGUGGUCUCUCGAUGCGAGAAGCGCUGGUUAUAGCGGAAGAAGUACACAGAUCUGGUAAGCUCCGAGUUUUGGACCUAGCUGAAGUGAACCCUAGAUUGGGAACCGCCGAGGAUGCCGAUAGAACCGUCAACUGCGGCGUGGACAUCAUAACUUCCUUUUUCGGAAGAGAACGAAGAGGAAACCUGCCAGUAAUCCUGGAUCCCAGCGUUAUCAAGAAAAAGGAGGACUGA